GCACGCCCCGCAGUGCACACACCCUCCUAUUUUUUUUUUUUUUUUUCCCACACCGACAUACGCAAAACUUGUCAACGUACUGUUCAAGGAGUCCGGCAUGGACUUGGAGGCGCAGAUCGAGGAGAUCUCGUCAUCGGCCAAAUUCGGAGACCUGAUCGAGUUCUCCUACCCCAUUGGCUACUCGCACUGGGGCGUGUACGACGAAGACGGUCAUGUGAUCCACUUUGCGGUGGCAGAGGAGGGCCAGCUGAUGUACAACAUCCGCACCUCCCUCCAAUCGCUGCUCCCGGUUAUGGGCGACAUGCUGCUGGGUACCACCCGGAUCCGUCGUGUGCCGCUGGGCGAGGUCAACGUCCCUGACGGCGUCCACAUCCUGAUCAGCAACAACCGGCACGCUUUCGCGGCGUCCUCCCCCGAGGACAUGCGGCGGCGGCGCGACGCCCUGGAGGGCGAGGAGCUCGCCUACAAUCUCUUCUGGUUGAACUGCGAGCACUUUGCCACCUUCGUGCGAUACGGGAAAUCCGUCUGCAACCAGAUUCCCACCAGACCUAAAAACGUGGAGGCCGAGUUUGCCACCAAAACGUUCCAGGACAUUGUCGACGCCAAAGCUGCCGCCGACAACGACGACCUAUCGUAGUUAGAGGUCAAGCACGCCAACGGAACUCUUGUCAACAAUUUGAGAAAUAAAAUGCAAUUUCAGGAGAAAUUGCGUGGGGAUACUCAAAGGCCGAUGCGGAGUUCUUGGUCCAAAAACAUGACCUUUUGCUCAAAGAGUGUCCAACGAUUGUUUUUGUGAUGAAGAAAACUGCGUGGGAAAGCUUUGCUUGCUGGUCGGUUAGCAUUCGUGGGUCUCUUGCCGUUUGGGGUACUUGUGGGUUUUUCCUGUUGAUUCUACAUCAAGGUUCACUAAAUCCAGACCUCGAGCCACUUUUCCUGUCGUGUUUUCCAUGUCUCCCUCCUUCAACACACCUAAAUCAAAUAAUGAGGAUCAUUAUCAGGUUUCUGGAGAGGUUGCUGAUGACAUAAUCAUUUGAUUCAGGUGUGUUAGGGGAGAGAGACAUGGAAAACACCAUAGGAAAAGUGGCACCCAGGUCCAGAUUUGCUGAACCCUGUUCUAGAGCAAUUCCAGGUCACUUCCAGUGUUUUCAGGUCUUUAUAUAUCAAAAUAUUUAAAAUAUAUCUGUAUUUAUAAUAUGGCAUUGAUUUCAAAUUUUUUAAAUUUGGAACUUUUUGGGGUUCUAUACAUUCCUGGCACACUUCUGGGGGACUUCCAUUGGAUUUUAGGUCCACUGUUUCCAGGUAACCUUAAAAAAUAUUGUCGUAGUGUGUGUGUUAUGCACAAUAAAUUGUGGUAACAUAAAACGUCAAAUAGAACUCCCCUCUCAAACAAAGGUUUGCCUAUACUUUCAAUGCCACAGGGUGGCGCCAGAGGACAACUUUUCUCUAAAUGAAGAUUAAUUAGGACUACCAGAGCUGUCAAUUGCAGCUAAAGUCAAAUAUCUAGCAAGUUUGUUUUCCUCAGUGUUGUUUUUGGGAGCCCUAUUAAUUUUUGGAUGAAAAUACUUCUUAGUCUUAGUCAUAUUUUAGUCAUUUUAAAAGGUUUUAGCCCUUGUCUAGCUUUAGUCGACGAAAUCUCAUCCAAAUUUCCUCUAGUUUUAGCACUACAUCAUUUUCAAUUAAACCUACCUAGAAGCCACGAACUGUAUGGGAAAAAAAAUGUCUGAGCGUUUGAAAUCCUUUAGACCAAGGGCGUAGAUUUGCAUAGGGACAGUAGGGACAUUUCAAAUUCCAAAUGUUCUUGCUGACAAGGACAAUAAAGUUCUAUUCUAGUCUAUAUAACAUUACCAACUUUUCAGGAUGCUGAAAUUGUCCCCACCAACUUUUAAGCAACCUUAUUUGCAUUAUAUAAUGACUUUAGUUCUAUAGGUCAUUUAGAUCGUCUUCCCAUAUGUUCUAAGGAUAUAAUCGACCCGACCAUUAUUAAGUGAAUUACAGUACUUUCAUUAUAUUUAGACCCCUUUUCACUUGCUGAACGUGCCAGUCCAUUUUUUCCCCAUCAAACGCACAUUUGAUUGGCUGAUGACUUGCCCCCCCCCCCCCACACACGCAUUAAUGGCCCGACAGAAAUACAACAUGGCGCCUCCUUAAAAGACGAGGGAUAUUAAAAGUUUUAUUUCCGCCAGCAGCAGCCACUGUAAGUAAUGUAAAAAGACGUCAAUGCUGUGGAGGUGGGGAACACACCACUAAUGUAGCUGAAAGUCCGACCUGCAUCAGAGUUUGCAUAACAUUAAUCUGUGUGAAUUUCUCCAACUUGAGGAGGAAGCUGCAAUGAUAUAUCCUCCUGUAUGUUUUCUACUGUUAAUGUUAAACUUUAACAAAUGUAGUGAACUAAGGCUUACCCCCUUUUAGAUAAUUAGGGCUGUCAAAAUUAUCGCGUUAACGGGCGGUAAUUAAGUUUAAAAUCACGUUAAAAUAUUUGACGCAUUUACCACACAUGCCCUGCUCAAACAGAUUAAAAUGACAGCACAGUGUAAUGUCAACUUGUUGCUUGUUUUUUGUUUUGUCGCCCCCUGCUGGCGCUUGGUUGCUACUGAUUUUAUGGGUUUCAGCACUAUGAGAAUGGUAAUUAUUGACGUCAACAAUGGCGAGCUACUAGUUUAUUUUUUGAUUGAAAAUUUUACACAUUAAAACGAAAACAUGAAGAGGGGUUUUAAUAUAAAAUUUCUAAACUUGUACUAACAUUUAUCUUUUAAGAACUACAAGUCUUUCUAUCCAUGGAUCGCUUUAACAGAAUGUUAACAAUGUUAAUGCCAUCUUGUUGAUUUAUUGUUAAAAUAAACAAAUACAGUACUUAUGUACCGUAUGUUAAAUGUA